UUCAUUUGCAAUGAUUGCUCCAAUCAUCUCCCUCUUGGCUGUUGCUCUUUCUGGCGUACAAGCCGUAGCUCCAACUAUUGGCGUUGAGCUCAAUUGCACUGUUUUCGGUGAUACCGAUUUUAUUUACACCCCGGAAGCGACUAAUUGCGUGAACACGUAUUCGGAUAAGACAUGUGACACUAUCUAUAUUGCCACACCAGCAGUGCAACCAGUACCAGGAGCUAGCACUGCUCGCCCAUUGAAAUGCUACGCUGCAGCAGCAACCGAUCCGGUGAAUCCAGAUCUUGUCAAUGCUGCAGUCAGCACUUGCCCAAAGACUUGUGGAUUUUGCUGUCAGAGCUCUGACUACAACUGCCCCAAUGUUAGAUUCCCACGUCUCAACUGUGACACAAUCCUUCCAUCUCAAUGCAAAGAUCAACAAUGGCGUGUCAUCAUUGCCCAAGAUUGUCCAUCCGCGUGUGGAUUCUGCAAUCAAGGAGGAUGUGUUGAUGCUAUCCCCCAAUGCCCGAACGACCUCUCCAUUUGCAAUAACGUCGGAAUGCAAGACUUUGUCAAUCUGAACUGCCAAAAGACGUGUGGAAGAUGUCCAUCAACCACAACUCCACGCACCGGAGGAGUUACAGUUCCAGGGGGAACAUGUACCACCUACAACGCUGACUCAAGCCGUACCUGUGCUGCUUGGGCUGCCAAUGGAUUCUGUAAGAACGAAUUUUACUCAAUUACCCAGAGAAAGGCUUCAUGCGCCACAACCUGCAGAAUCUGCUAAAUAUGGGGAACUCGACAAACUCUGCACAUACAUAUAAUUUAUAAGACAAACACUCUGUGACGACUUGACAAUACCCUUGUACAUUUUUUUGUUGAGACAUGUAUUUUUGUUUCAUGAUUGACCACCUUGAAAUAAACCACUU